CGGGCAGCUAUGCCGCGCGCCUGCAGAGAAGGAGCUGGACGCGUCCGCUUAGAGCAACGGCCGGAGCACCGGAGGACCGACCCGGGGAGUGCUUCACUGGGAGGCUGCUGACAGGCGACCGCUUCCCCGGGGAGAACCUCCUCCCCUAAACUAAAACAGCAAAAAUCAAAAACGGCCGAGGAAGAGGAGGACAAAUCCGCUCCUACUCUCAUUUCUCCCCCUUUCUUCUCAAACAUCCCCUCAGCUUUAGAGGAAAAGCUCCAGAGAUGUUGCUGCUAAGCGUCUAGGAUCUGCUCUGUUUACAGCGACCGUGAACCGAGCUGAGCUGCGGACAGUGAGCGUCAACACCGACCGCCUUCACUAUGCUUUUAUUAGCUCUCCUCAGCAGGAGAUGUCUUAAUAGUCGCUCUAUGGGGACGUUAUGCUUGCAGUUGUUGCUGUGGAUUUUAUGUGCCGUGAACGGAGAGGAGCAGCCGUUCAGUGUGGAGGUGUGGCUCCAGAGGUAUGGCUACCUACCUCCUGCAGACCCCAGAAUGUCCGUGCUGCGUUCUGCCAGAGUCAUGCAUUCUGCUAUCGCUGCCAUGCAGCGCCGCUAUGGCCUAAAUGUCACAGGGAAUCUGGACAGCAACACUAUAGACGAUAACACCAUAAGGUGGAUGAAGAGGCCCAGGUGUGGGGUUCCUGACGAGCUCGGCGGAGCAUCCAGAUUCAGCGUCAGGAAAAAACGAUACGCCCUCACAGGCCAGAAGUGGCAGCACAAACAUAUCACAUACAGCAUAAAGAACGUGACUCCCAAAGUGGGCGCUGAUGAGACCCACGAUGCCAUCAGGCGAGCCUUCGACGUGUGGCAGAGCGUAACGCCGCUUCGCUUUGAAGCCGUGCCCUACAGCGAGCUGGAGAGGACCAAGAAGGACGUAGACAUCACCAUCAUCUUCGCCUCCGGUUUCCAUGGGGACAGCUCCCCCUUUGACGGAGAGGGGGGCUUCCUUGCCCAUGCAUACUUUCCGGGGCCAGGAAUCGGAGGUGACACUCACUUUGACUCCGACGAACCGUGGACGCUGGGAAACCCCAACCAUGACGGUAACGAUUUGUUCCUGGUAGCCGUCCACGAGCUUGGCCACGCUCUGGGCCUCGAGCACUCCAACGAUCCCACCGCCAUCAUGGCUCCGUUCUACCAGUACAUGGACACAGACAACUUCAAGCUCCCUAUGGAUGACCUGAUGGGAAUCCAGAAGAUUUACGGGCCUCCUGAUCGGAACCCCCAGCCCACCAGGCCUUUGCCCACGGCACCCCCUCAACGCUCCCAUCCUCCAUCGGACCCCCGCAAACCAGACAGGCAGACGCGACCCCCGAGGCUCCCCCCUGGAGACCGGCCGUCCCACCCUAACUCCAUACCUGACAUCUGCGACGGAGGCUUCAACACCGUGGCCAUUCUGAGGAGAGAGAUGUUCGUCUUCAAGGACCACUGGGUUUGGAGGAUGAGAGACAACUCUGUGUUGCCGGGAUUCCCCAUGCUCAUCAACGUGUUCUGGAAGGGGCUCCCGUCGAAGAUAGACGCCGUCUAUGAGAACAGCGAGGGCAAGUUUGUCUUCUUCAAAGGAAAGCAGUACUGGGUAUACAAGGACACAAAGUUGGAGCCUGACUACCCAAGGGACAUCACCCAUUUCAGCCACGGCAUGCCGUCACAGAGCAUCGAGACUGCAGUGUGGUGGGAGGACGUGGCCAAGACCUAUUUCUUUAAAGGAGACAGGUACUGGCGCUACAAUGAGGACAAGAGAACGAUGGACCCUGGCUAUCCAAAACCCAUCUCAGUGUGGAAAGGGGUCCCUGCAUCACCACAGGGGGCCUUCGUUGACAAAGUCCAUGGUUUUACCUACUUCUAUAAAGGAAAGGACUAUUGGAAGUUCAACAACCAGUUGCUACGAGUGGAGCCGGGAUACCCGCGCUCGUUCGUCAAGGACUUCAUGGGCUGCGACCGGAUGCCCAGGGACCCCAGACGCCCACCUGCUGACGAUGGCAACUCGGACGUGGUGAUCGAGUUGGACGACGAGCCCAGCACGGUGAAGGCCAUAGCCAUCGUCAUCCCAUGCGUCCUCGCACUUUGCCUGCUGGUGCUGGUCUACACUGUGGUGCAGUUCAAAAGGAAGGGCACGCCGCGCCACAUACUGUACUGCAAACGCUCCAUGCAGGAAUGGGUCUGAGCCGUUCAGUGACUAAAAGGAGCCGGGCAAGAUGAGACGCUGACGGGGGAAAGAAAAAAUAAAACAAAACGGGACAACAGCCGUCACUUUUCCAGGAGGACAGCUGAUUCUGGAGCGCUUUAUAAAAAAACCACAGCCAUGCCUCCUCCUGUCUGCUGUUCUGAAUCUUUUGGUCAGACCUGCAGAAACAGCCAGACGUUCUGACUGUGAUUCAGAAGAUCCCGGAACUGAACACUGACUCUGUUAGCCCCCGGCCUUUUUAACUACACGGGAGCAGAAGGGAUCUUUGCCGGAACGGACCUUUGGUCCCAGACAAAAAAGAAAAAGAAAAAAAGGCGGAAAAAAGAAAAAAAAGCACGAGGGUCAGCAUCACUUUGUAUCUUGGAAACUUGACUUCCUAACCCCUUCGUUUUUAUUUUUCUGCCCAAUCUGCUUUCGGUCAAAUGGAGUUGGACUUUUAGGGGAAUACACACUUUUUUCCGUGGGACACUGUAUUGUCAUUUCGCAUAUCAGGUUUUAUAGACAGUAAUUUCUAUUCUUUUGAUGGUCCUCCCAAUGCCCCCCCCGCUCCUGUCUACAACCAUAUCACCUUGUUACCAGUCAUCAAACGCCUCCCUUUAUUUUAGGUUUUUAACUAGUUGUUUAUGGAAAAAUAUUUAACCUACGAAUGGAAGUCCUCAGCCGUCCCUUUAAGAAACUCCUGAGACCAAACUAAACCAAAAAAAGUUUCUUUUUUUUUCCAAAGAGGAUCACAGUUUCCAGUUUUAUGUCAUUUUUAUUUCUGUUCUUCUUUCGGUUAAUUCUUUCCCUUCUCUGGAUCUUUGCAGCGAUUAAGAGUCGGGGAGCUCUGACUGUUGUGGCAGUCUGUUUGAGACACAGGGGCCAAAUUAUUCUGCAAUAUUUUAACUCGCCUUAAAUAUAAAGCAUACAACUUGAGCUUGGUUUUACUGUUCCUUAGUUUUAUCUCUUUCUUGUCUGUUAUUUUUAUUUGUGUAUUGCUUUUUUUUCUGUUUGUUUGUAAAGAAGCUAAAAUAAGUGCUUCUAGUGAUUGGUAUUUUCUGGAUUUUAUUACACUACGCAGAAUAAUCAGCACUGGUUUGCUGAUCCAUUCUGGAUACAAUAUACAGUAGGUUCGGCCUGUAUUGCGAGUAAUGUAUUGUAUUGUCGGAAGGUUCUGGAGUAAAGCCACUAUUUCCGUGUGUUAAGAUAUUUGUUACUGUCACUUUUCUUUUGAUUUUCUUUUUUUUAUUUCUACCAUGCGACAGAAACAGGCUGAUGGCAGUCUGGGUCUCUCUGAAUUUGUCUUUUGCUCAUUCCCUACGGUUUGAUGAAGUGUUUCUUUCUAAAUGGUUGUUCUGUGAGGUCAUCUGUGAACAGAAACAUUUCUUUUUAAAAGUUGACUGCCUUGCUUGAGAGAGCGCAGAGUUCCCAGAAUGCUUUUUUGUCUUGCAGCGUAGGACCGACAAAGCGAGACAAGUCAAGAUCAGUGCCUGUGUCAACGUGCAUGCAAGCAUUUACUGUACAAACAGCCGGUUCUGCUCUACGUGGCUUCAGAACCUCUCUUUGAAGGAACUUUUCUCUUGAAAAUGCUGUUAUUUUUGUACCUUUUCAGUGUGUCCUAAUUCCCAUACCUUCCCCUUUUCUAGGUACAAUGAUAUCAAAAGUAAAAAAAAAAAAAAAA